GGCGCAGCACUGCUGGCGAAAUUGUGUUGGAUUUUUGCCAUGCCGUUUGCGAUAGUCUUGCGGAUUGCAUUAGUGCACAUCCCCCACAUCCACGAGAACUAAAAAGAUUUGUAGAAGAAUUGUUUACGUACAUAAGGAUCCACAGGACGAAAUAAUAAUUCCUAUAUAUUUGAGAGGAGCUCUCUUAAACAUUUCCAUGAGCACGCCGGUAUUUUUGACCAAAAUAACCAAGCAAUUGAAGGCAUCAAUGUACCGGUGCUUCUUAUUGGCGACUCAGCCUUUCGUUUAUCACGUGACAUGAUGAAACCAUACCCAUAUGUGGCUAAUCAAUCUCCAGUAGAAAAGCUCUAUAACUACCGACUGUUCAAAUGUCGCCGAGUGAUCGAGAACGCUUUUGGUCAGCUUAAAGCGCGCUUCCGUGAAAUUGGAAGAGGCUUGCAAGUAUCUCCUAAAAAUGUUAAUAUUAUAAUAAGAGCGUAUUGCAUUUUGCACAAUUUUCUAAAGAUUGAGGACGAUGAAGUUUUUUCAGCUUUUAUUCAAGACGCAGCAGAAGAUGCAACAAGACGUCAACCCAAUCAUAUAACAAGAUUAGGAGAAAAUGAUUUAACAGCGACAGCAAUUAGGAAUGCCAUCGCAAUGAGUUUCCAAAAAGAUGCACCCGCUGCUGAUGUCGAGCUACCAGGUUCAGGCGAAAUUGGUUCUGGUGAUCGUAUAGCUAUAGAUGACUGGAACGAAUGUAUUGUUGACUUCGAUAUGUUUUAAGAAAAAAUUAUUUUAAUAAUAAACGUGUAAAACUCAGCUUACCACAGGAAAUAAUUCAUAUACUUCAGCAGUAUUGGCUGCUGUCAGUCCGAUAAUUGAUGGACCGAAUCAAAAUGUUUCCACAGUGAUGGGCUGCCCCCCGAGGACCCAACUUUUUUCUUUUAUGUGGAUACAUAUUAACCUAUAUUUUUGUGUAAGAUUCCAUAUUUUAACAUGUACUUCUUUUGCGGUAAAUUUGAGCGCCAUUUGCACAGAUAUGUCGGCUUAGGUGUGUAAAUUACGUUUAGUACGUCGCAAGUCUCCGGCUCGUUUCCGCCACAAAUCUAUUAACACAACUUCAUCACUAUUUGUCUACAUUGUUCUUUAUUUGUUCACCUCUAUCUAAAAAUAUUAAAAUUAGUUUUUAUAAAUAUACUGGCACAUAACAUAAUUAGCAACAUAAAAACAGCUUACCCCUAGCGCUUUUCUUUAAUCUGUCGUC